AUGGACGCCCAGGCUUAUCUCAUGCGCCAUGGCUGGUCAGGCCCCGGAAACCCAUUACAACCAAACACAAGGCCAGGUCCACACGGCGGACUAGGCCUCACACGGCCAAUCCUAGUAGCCCGCAAAGCCAACAACCACGGCGUAGGCAAGAAAACAACCAAAGAUCCCACCAACCAAUGGUGGCUCCGGGGGUUCGAAGACGCACUGAAGAGCGUCGGCGAUGAAAGCCACGAGGGUGUUUCCGCGCGCGCAGGGAACGCACUCACUAGUGAACUUUAUCGCAAUUUCGUGAGGGGGACUGCGUUGGCUGGGACACUGAAUCCGAAGGAUGGGGAGAAAACAGAGGCGGGGAUUGGGGAGAAGAGGAAGAGAGGGGAUGAGGAAGUGAAGGCUACAGAGACGAAAGAGGAGAGGAGGACUCGGAGGGCUGCGAAGAAGGAGAGGAAGGAGAAGAGGGCUGUUGCGCGUGAUGCGAAGAAGGAGAGGAAAGAGAAGAGGGCUUUUGCUAGGGCUGAGAGAAGCAAAGAGAGAGAGGCGAAGAAGGCUGCUAAGAAGGCUAAGAAGGAGAAGGAUGUCGCUGGCGAUGAGGAUUAUCCUACGCCUAUGUCUAUUGAUUCCGGAUCGGGAUCGGGAUCUGGAUCCGAGAAGACAGACGUGGAGACUGUGAUCAAGGACAAGAAGGAGAAGAAGACCAAGAGUGAUAGCGAAGACUCGAAAAAGGACGAAAAGGACAGAAAGGAAAAGAAGGAGAAGAAGAGGUCGGAGUCCAAGGCAUGA